UUGAUGAAGAAGGAUUCUUAACCUGUUACGCUCCUCCUCAACUACGAAAAAUCAAACUUAAACGGUCAAGACCAAGUUUCCAAAUAAUCGGUGGGCGUGAUGAAAUUUUUAAUUGGUUGGAAGAGCACGGCGAUGUUAUAUGCGAAUACAACCAAGAGUUCGAUUUUCAAUUCAAUCAUCAUAAACGAACUGAUUCAAGAUCUAAAGUGAAUGCUUUAGAACUUCCAAUACUCUUGUUUGACCUUUAUUAUGAUAAAGAAAAUGAUGAUGAUUCAUCUCAUCAACGUUCUGUAAUUAAAAAGAUCUUUCCUUUCAAUGGUAAAAGGAGGAUGGUAAUGGAAGUUAGACCCCUCAUUCGUGGUGAAGAAUAUGAACAUCCUAAGAAUUUGUUUCGAAGAAAUACUGGUGUAAGUGGUGUAAAAUUACGACAGAUUUUGAAUGUGUGGACGAAUUCUUCUUCUUUGCAACGUCAACGGGAUCCAAGAGCAGCAU